GCCUCUGCUCCGCCCCCAGCGCCCGACCACGGGCCCAGCCGACCGUCGUUCGAUCCCUCAGAGCACUGGAUAUCACAUACGUAUGCGCCCUCACCUCCUACGAUCAGUGUUAUGUCGCCCACGGCCGGGCCACCGUCUACGGUGCAGCCGCUCGGCCCUGCCCCUGGUACAUCUUCCGCCGCUCUUGCCUCGUAUGACCCACUGGUGCACGAGACCGAGCGCUUCCAACGUACGUGGAACAACGCGCAAGACAUUGAAUCCGACGUCGACGCGCUGCAGACAAGCCUGAACCAACUGAUUACCCAGAUGGGCUUCGACCCGUCCCAGCACCCAGUUGACGUCCCGCCCGCGGAGGCCGCCCCCGACUUCGACUUCGACACCUUCCUCAAUGACUUCGCUCAGCAGCAUCCGCCAACGGGGAUGCACGUCGUCGAUGGCGGCGGCGGCGGCGAGUUUGGCAAUUUUGCCUCGCUCGACCACGUCAACGUCGAUGGCACCGAUCCGGCGGAGCUGACCGCGUUCCUCGACGAGGUGGCGUCGCAGGCGUCUGACACCGCGUCCCAGAAGUCGCUCAACUUGAACGCGCCCAGCUCGCCGGGACCAGCGCGCAAGAAGAGGAAGUCCGAGGUGGUGAGCCUUAACGAGAUGUCAGAGCCCGUGAACGGGUCAAACCCGUCCAAACAGUCUACUCCGAUACCAACCGCUCCGAGGCCGAAGAAAAGGAAAUAAAUAUUUUAACCGAUUCAUUACACCAUGUACCAGUUAGAGACUGUUAUAGC